UUAUUGUUCGCGGGUGGGUGUGUAUAGCGGCCUCCAGUUGACUUCAUUGAGCAUGUAGAGUUAGAGUUAUGUGGAUAUCUUUUAUACAAACUAUAUCCCUUGUCAAAGAAGCGAGAUGCGAUAAGAACUGAUCUCAACAAUAUUUCUUUGGAACAUUACAGAUUUAAACAUAUUUAUAAAAGUGCAAACAUCUAAACCAGUCUUCAUUUUUCGUUUCGAAUCCGGAAGAUGUUUCUUUUCGGAUUGCUUGUGAUUUGGAUACAUGCAGUGUACGUGACGGAAUCGCGGUGUCCAAAUGAUAGCAUUCCAGUUGUGAACCUGUGUGAGUUCAACUACUAUUUCGGCAAUGACAUCUACCUCGAUGGACGGCUCAUGCAGAGUUACGCUCAAGACUGCACGUGCACCAUUACUCCGACCGUCAACCAGUCGAUGACCUACGUGUCCACAUCUCCCCAAACAGGAAGUGCGCAGUGCGACAACGCAACAUUCAGUAUAAAUCCAGGCAUGACGUCAUCCGUGACGUGGGACUGUACAGACGAUGGCUUUAAUCAAACCGAGGCUGCCGUCAGUAGAACCUCCCCGUGGAAAGUGAGAAUGACAAAAACCACUUCCGGUCUGAUGCUGACAGAAGAUAUUGACACCGGUUACUGUCUGAGACUUUCAACAACUACUGCAAAAUUCACCGUGAGCUGUGUGUCUGGGACGAAUACCACUAUGGACGUAGACGAAUGUGAACAGGACUCGGACAACUGUGACGUCAACGCUUUGUGCACCAACACAUUUGGAUCCUUCACCUGUACCUGUAAAGCUGGGUUCUCGGGAAAUGGUACCAACUGUAAAGACGUUGAUGAAUGUUCUGCUGGAACUCACGUUUGUCCACCUGAGGCAGACUGUAUCAACUUGAACGGAACAUACACGUGCAGAUGCAAAACUGGAUAUAUUUAA